AUGGCAUCUCAACAGAUAGGGAAAGUGUGUAUUGAGAGUUUUGAUCUACGUGGAAAUGACCCAACAGCAUCACGUGACCUAGCCAGGUUUCUAUGUUUCCUGCCUUGUCUUACCGACCUGACGAUAAAAGAAAUGAAUCCGUACCUUCCUGAUGAUUUCUACCAUGAACUUGCUGACAAGUCCUCAUCUUCAAAGAUAGGAAAAGUGUGUAUUGAGGGUUGUGAUCUACGUGAGAAUGAUCCAACAGCAUCACGUGACCUAGCCAGGUUUUUAUGUUUGCUGCCUUGUCUCACCGACCUGACGAUAAAGGACUCUGACGGUCAAUACGUGAAUCUUUACCUUCUUGAUGAUUUCUACCAUGAACUUGCUCGUCAGGCCUCAUCCUCAAAGAUAGAGAAGAUGUGUAUUCAGGGUUGUGAUCUUCGUGAAAAUGAUCGAACAGCAUCACGUGACCUAGCCAGGUUUCUAGGUCUACUGCCUUGUCUCAUCGACUUGAUGAUAAAGGACUCUGACGGAUAUAACAAACAUCUUACCCUUCUUGAUGAUUUCUACCACGAACUUGCUCGUCAGGCCUCAUCCUCAAAGAUAGAGAAGAUGUGUAUUCAGGGUUGUUAUCUACGUGAGAAUGAUCCAACAGCAUCACGUGACCUAGCCAGGUUUCUAUGUUUCCUGCCUUGUCUCACCGACCUGACGAUAGAGAACUCUGACGGUCAAUACAGGAAUCUUUUACUUCUUGAUGAUUUCUACCAUGAACUUGCUCGUCAGGCCUCAUCCUCAAAGAUAGGGAAAGUGUGUAUUGAGGGUUGGUCUCUACGUGAGAAUGACCCAACAUCAUCACGUGACCUAGCCAGGUUUCUAUGUUUCCUGCCUUGUCUAACCGACCUGACGAUAAAAGACAUGAAACUUUUCCUUCCUGAUGAUUUCUACCAUGAACUUGCUGACAAAUCCUCAUCUUCAAAGGUGAUUUACAAGGUGUUUUAA